AUGAGGGAGCUGUUUCAACAGUUGGCAAUUGCAGUUAACAGAAUUAUUUCCAUUGCCACUUCAAAACCUAACUCUGCCCCUGCUACGACAUUUGCACAUUUAGAUGCUACUACCAUACUAUCAAGAGGAUUGGCUGCCAAAGGUAUUUAUCCAGCAGUAGAUCCUUUAGAUUCAACGUCAACCAUGCUUCAACCUCGGAUCGUUGGUGAGGAACAUUACGAAACCACCCAAAGAGUUAAGCAAACUUUACAACGUUACAAAGAACUUCAGGACAUUAGAGCUAUCCUUGGAUUGGACGAAUUGUCCGAAGAGGAUCGUUUACUCAUAGCAAGAGCGCGAAAAAUUGAGCGUUUCUUGUCACAACCCUUUUUCGUAGCAGAAGUAUUUAUCGGUUCUCCAGGGAAAUAUAGCUACCGCGAAGGCUAUGAACUUAGAAAUGGAGAGCAAUUUGAAGAAAUAACCUUAAAUCUUAGUGUACUGACCCCUAAUCGAAUUGUUUGGGAUUCAGAAGUGGAAGAAAUUGUUUUAUCUACUAAUAGUGGUCAAAUUGGCAUAUUACCAAAUCACGCCCCUAUUGCCACAGCUGUAGAUAUAGGGAUUUUGAGAAUACGCCUUAACGACCAAUGGUUAACGAUGGCUCUGAUGGGUGGUUUUGCUAGAAUAGGCAAUAAUGAGAUUACUGUUUUAGUAAAUGAUGCGGAGAAGGGUAGUGACAUUUAUCCACAAGAAGCUCAGCAAACCCUUGAAAUAGCGGAAGCUAAUGUGAAAAAGGCUGAAGGAAGGAGACAAAAAAUUGAGGCAAAUCUAGCUCUCCGACGAGCUAGAACACGGGUGGAGGCUAUCAAUCCGAUUUCAUAACUCGUUGGUACGUUCGAAUAAUAAAAAGAAGUUCUCUUUCUAAUCCUAUUUAGAUUCUGUCGGGUGAAUACAAUCAAAUAUAAUCAAACAGAAUCCAAUUCUAAUGUAAAAAUUCAAAUUCAAAAAUGAAAUAGAAAAGAUACAAAAUGAAAAAAUAAAUAUCACUAAGGGUGGGUCGUAAACCUUAUUAGAUACCAGAGUCAAUGGUAUCUAAUAAGUUUUACCUACUAUUG